AAUGGCAGCACCCAUAGAAGUGUGCCAUGUAGCUUGCUGCGCCAACCGCGCCGGUGCCGGCGUGGUUUCUUGGGGAAAUGGGGGACUCCUGGCAUUCGGUUCGUGUCGCUCUGUCGUCCUCUACGACUCGCAGAAAAGAAAAGUAGUUGGCACAUUGAAUGGCCACACUGAUAGAGUUAAUUGUGUCCAAUGGAUUCACAAAAAUGAUGGAUCUUGUGAGACGGAAUUGAUUUCUGGAGGGUCUGACAAACGUAUUAUCCUUUGGGAAACGCCUAAUGAGAAGCUUGUGAACUCCAUUCACCUUGACGGUCACACUGAAGCAGUUUGCGCUUUGGAUGCAGUUUACACAGCAAGUGAGACUACAGCAGAGUCAAAUCUACUAGUAGCUUCUGCAGCUUCUGAUUCUACUGUCAGAAUCUGGUCGAGGCAAGGAACAGAUGUUAAAUGCCUUCAGACCCUGCUGUUUGGAAAUGGGUUUGCUAUGGAUGUUUCUUUGUCCUUCUUGCCAGGCAGUGACAUACCAGUACUGGCUUGUGGCGGUGAUGACUGCAAAAUUCAUUUAUAUGUGCAACAGGCUGGACAGUUUCAGAAAACCUUGCUGCUCCAUGGCCAUGAAGACUGGAUAAGAGGAGUUGAAUGGGCAGUGUGUGAUGGAGAUCUCUACUUGGCUAGUUGUGCUCAAGAUUGUCUGAUAAGAAUCUGGAAGAUGCAUGUGACUUCAUCACUUCUUGAAAUCCAAGAUGAGGACACUGUUAGGUUGAAGGAGAACAUUUUUAAGGUGAAAAAUAAUGGUGGUUCGGAGACAUCUUUUGCUGUCACGCUGGAUUCUGUGUUAGCUGGACAUGAAAACUGGGUAUAUGCCAUUCAUUGGCAGCCUUCAUUUUUCAAAGAUGGCAGGAUGGUACAACCAAUGAGGUUGUUGUCUGCUUCAAUGGACAAAACUGUGAUCCUGUGGGCUCCAGAUGAUGAAUCUGGGGUGUGGUUGGAACAGGUCCGAAUAGGAGAAGUGGGUGGAAAUACACUUGGGUUUUUUGACUGUCACUUCAGCCCAGAUGGCUCAAUGAUUCUUGCUCAUGCUUUUCACGGAGCGUUGCAUCUUUGGAAACAGACUUCGGCAAACAAGAGAGAAUGGGCUCCAGAAGUUGUGAUUUCAGGGCAUUUCAAUGGUGUGCAAGAUGUGAAGUGGGAUCCAGAGGGAGAAUUCAUCAUCUCUGUUGGUUCUGACCAAACUACUAGAAUCUUUGCUCCAUGGAAAAGAGACGACAAAGCAGAAGUGUCGUGGCAUGAGAUGGCAAGGCCCCAAGUCCAUGGAUACGACAUGCAGUGUCUAGCAAUGAUUGGGCGGUUUCAGUUUGUGUCUGGAGCAGAUGAGAAAGUGCUUCGAGUAUUUUCUGCACCUAGGAAUUUCAUGGAAAACUUCAGCAACGUUUCUGGAAUAUCUCUGGAGAAACUGUAUUCUGGCCAAAUGAUUGAUCUUCCAGAAGGGGCCACUGUGCCAGCCUUAGGUUUGUCCAAUAAGGCUGUCUUUCAAGCUGGAGAUACGGCAGCUCAGACAGCUGAAGAGGAGGAAAAACUUAGCAAUGCUUCCACUCAGUAUCGUGAAAAUUACUUUCAGCCGUGUAGUCUUACAGAACCUCCCACAGAAGAUCAUCUCUUGCAGAACACACUAUGGCCUGAAACCCAAAAACUAUAUGGCCAUGGCUAUGAAAUUUUUUGCGUUGCCUGCAAUAAUGCAAAAAGUGUGAUUGCCUCAGCAUGUAAGGCUUCUAAAAAAGAACAUGCAGACAUUAUUUUGUGGAGCGCCACAACCUGGAAGCAGCUACAGAGCUUAUCUUUCCACAAUCUGACGGUGACACAGAUUGCCUUUUCCCCCAACGAUAAAUUCUUGUUAGCCGUUUCCAGAGACAGGAAAUGGUCGCUUUGGAAAUGUAACAAUAUCAGCUCAUCAGAAUCACAACCAGCUUUCAGCCUCUUCGCAUGUACAGACCAAAACACAGCUAUGCACAGCCGCAUCAUUUGGUCCUGUGCCUGGACCCCUGAUAGCACGUAUUUCAUUACUGGAAGCAGAGACAAAAAGGUCAUUAUCUGGGGCAAAUGUUGUUCAGCAGAGGAGAAUAAAGAGAACGAUCUGGGUGCGAUCCAGCUUUCUUCACCAGUCCUGGAUGUUGGGGAUUCUGUCACAGCUGUUAGCGCUAGUCAUGCGCUUGCUCCUGAUGGGAGCUACAUCGUUGCUGUAGGGACCGAAUGUGGGAAGAUUCACUUGUACAAAUGGAAGGCACUUUCUGACUGGACCAAAUGUGUGGAGACAGACAACAGCCAAAGCCACACUCUUGUUGUCAAGCAGCUGUGCUGGAGAAAACGCGUGGGCAGAGCUGGGCAGGACACAGCAGAGAGCAGCAAGUGGCUGCAGCUGGCAAGCUGUGGGGCUGACUACACUGUCAAGAUCUUCAAUAUUAAUAGAUCCAGUCUUUAAAUGAUGACAUUUGGCCAGGCGAGCUCCACUUUUUGACAUGUGUGACUUAGCAUUCAUUUUCUAAAAAAAAAAAUUGCAUUUCUUAUUCUGAAAGCUAUGGCGUCUGACACAGUCUAAAUUGAACUUAUUUAUUAAAGCAGUUUGGGUAAUAA